GGAAGUUGUUGAUGUUAUGUUGUUAAUGUGGUCAGACCAGUAAAGCUGCCAAAUAGUAAUGUUUCUUCAUCCAGUGCUUGUCCUCAUGAAGUCAUACACCCACCUUUAAAAUAACCCUCUAUCUACAUCAUCUUUGUCCUGCUGAGAAAUGCUGUGCUUGAGUUGAACUAAAAAUGUGUUCACAUUUCUUUCAUUUAUGAUAUACAGCAACUCUAUAACUAUAUAUUGCUGACCAAAAUCGCCAGCUUGGGACUAUAAGGUUCUAUGAUUCUGAGAAAAUUGUCUUUAAAGUUUUGAACCCUCAUUGGUUUGAAUGGUGUCAGCCAUUUUUAUCUUGUAUUCUUUUGAACUUAACAUGAAUUGGGGUAAUUAGAGUAUACACAGGAAGAUAACAUUGAAAAGAACAAGGCUAUGUCAAUAACUCAAGCCUGACAAAAAUGCAGAUCGAACCUUAUAGUCCAAAGCUUUCAACAUGUAAUUACAAUAGAGAACUGUAAACAUUUCAACAGAUAAGGUUUAUCAACAAUUAUUGAAUUAAAAAGAAACUGGUCAAAUACUGUUCUCAGUAUACUGUGUAGAUAUGUAAUCACCCCAAUAAAUACAAUGUCAGGUAACUAGCUAUAUGGUGUUUGUGCAACUUAAUAUAAAGUGUGACCAAGUUCACUAAGUGGGGCCAAGUUCAUUAAGUGGGACCAAGUUCAUUAAGUGUGGCCAAGUUCACUUAGUGUGACCAAGUUCACUAAGUGUGAGCAAGUUCACUAAUUGUGACCAAGUUCCCUAAGUGUGGCUAAGUUUACUAGUAAAUAUACUGUAACUGUAUUUUAACCUGGUAAAGUACCAUCUAGCAUAGUCACCCAAACUGAAGAAUACGCCAUGUUCUAUUUCUGAUGAGAACAAUACCUGUCAUGGCCCCCAUGCUGCAUUCAGCAUCCAAUAAUAACUCAUGUAGAUGUGCUGUGUAAAAUGUAUACAAGCCCCACGUGGGCCUUGUGAUGACUCAUGCUAUUUAGCACAAAGGUAUGCAAGGUGCCCUGUGGACCCAAUGUCAAUAUAAAAGUGCCACUGGAUCGACACAACACACCGUGUCUUCUGCGUGUCAUCUAAUCAAGCUUCACCAUCAAGCUAAACCAGCCAUGACCAGAAUCAUCUUCUAUGAGGACAGGAACUUCCAGGGUCGCAGCUAUGAGACCAGCAGCGACUGCCCCGACCUCAACAUGUACCUAAACCGCUGCCAGUCGGUCAGGGUGGAAAUGGGCUGCUUCGUCAUCUACGACCGCUCCAACUUCAUGGGCAACCAGAUGUUCCUGAAGAGGGGAGAGUACUCCGACUUCCAGCGUAUGGGCUCCGUGAUGGGCAUGGGGGAUAUGACCAUGCUGGAGUCCAUCCGUUCCUGUCGCAUGAUCCCAAUGCACCGGGGACAGUUCAGAAUGAGGCUGUACGAGAAGGAGAGCUUCGGAGGCCAGAUGCACGAGCUGAUGGAAGACUGCGAGUCCAUCCAGGAGCGCUUCCGCAUGUCCGAGAUGCAGUCCUGCAACGUGAUGGACGGACACUGGCUCAUGUACGAGCAGCCCCAUUUCAGAGGCAGGAUGAUGUACGUGAGGCCUGGAGAGUACAGGAGUAUCAGAGACAUGGGCAUGAGCACCAUGAUGAGAAUUCGCUCCAUCAGAAGGAUCAUGGAUGCCUGUGAGGGUCAGCGGCAUUGAUGCCUGAGAUUCCUGCUGUCCUGACAUCCAAAAGGCUGCUAAAAUUCACAAUUCUCAUUGAAUGUAAUAAAACUUUUAUUUUGAAGUA